AUGCUAUUGGAGAGACCUCAAGGAAGCCUUCUAAGAAGCACGGAAGUGAAUCCUAGAGAGCAUGUGAAAGCAUUUACAUUGAGAAGUGGCCAAGAAGUUGAAAUAAGGUCGGAAAAGAGCCAAGGUUCUGAAAAAGUAAGAUCGAUUGAAGUUGAAGAAGAAGGGGGCAAGAAGGAAGUAGUCAAGAAGACCGUUGUUAAGGAAUAUCAACCAAGAAUUCCUUACCCCUUCUGGCUCAAGCAAAGAGAAACCGAUGACCAAGUCAAGUGGUUUCUAGAGUUGUUUAAACAACUUCACAUCAACCUCCUUUUUGUAGAUGCAUUAACACAAAUGCCUACGUAUGCUAAGUUUUUGAAGAAUCUCCUCACCAAUACGAAGAAUCUUGGAGAAGUGUUGAUGGCGACAUUGAGUGAAGAAAGCUCAUCUAUCCCACAAAACAAAUUGCCUAGGAAGUUGAAGGAUCCGGGUAGCUUCACAAUCCCAUAUGUGAUUGGGGAUUCUAUUGAGGAGUGUGCAUUAGCCAACUUGGGUGCGAAUAUUAAUGUAAUACCUACAAAAUCUUCAUAA